UUUGUCACAAUUUAUUUCAUGUCAUUGCAGGGGCGGUCGUGUGAAAUGGCAUUGCAUACUCACAGUUUGAACACCGUUUAACUUUCUCUCCUGGAAACCCCAUCGGGAUUACGCAAAGGACUUUCCGUAGCGCACGCGAAGAUCGGAAUUGUGCGAGUACCCGAUGCUGAGUGUUGUCAAGUGUUCAUAAACGGUGCAGUAGACGAGAAGAAGCAUUUUCUAGUGUGGAGUUUUGUUUCCAGCGUGCAACCGGGUGCCUUUUUUUAGUCGUGGGUGACACUACACAUCAUUUUCUUUAGCCCCAUUGAUUUAAAAUGUGCGAGCAGGUAGGGUUUCCAUGUCUUACGCGAGGACACCGAAACGGAGCGCGCGGCUGUUAAUGGAUACACUGACUCCUGCUGUGAUCAAACCUGCAACCUUUCAGUCGCAACACGGUCUCUCCAGCCAAUAGACUGCUCUGCGAUCCAUGAGUCCUCCCACUAAGACAACCUGUAUCACAUUUACAGUAUGGAUUACUGGACGUUUCGCCUCGCGCAAAUCCAUUUAACAACUUUUCUGAGGGAAUUAAUUUAAUUUGAUGAAACUGUGAUACCUACACGCGUUUCAUAUUAUGACUUUCCUCCUUACAUGUACUCAAGCCAUACAUCUGGUGGCUUAGUGUUAUUUUUUCACACGUUUCUGUUGAGAAGAAGAACCCUUCGUACACUUAAAAGAGUUGUAGCCUAAAUCUCGUCGGCUCUCAUGGGACUGAGGCAUUCGUCGCGUUGUUUGCUGCUACGGCGGAAGAUGGCGGAGGCGGACAGCUCGGAGCGGCAACAGCCUGUCACGUCCCCCCUCUCUCAGUCUGCCCAGCCCUCCCCACUGCCUAAACCAGUGCCUACUACCCACCAUGUGCCCUGCGUCCCCCAUACGCCUCAUGUAGCAGCCUUGUCCACCUGUCCUGGUCGAGGCAAGAUUGCCAAGUUCAUCAGCCCGGAGGAAAUGACGUCACGGGACUACUACUUCGACUCUUAUGCUCACUUUGGCAUCCAUGAGGAGAUGCUGAAAGACGAGGUGCGGACGCUGACCUACCGGAACGCGAUGUACCACAACAAGCAUGUGUUCAAGGAUAAAAUUGUCCUGGAUGUCGGUAGUGGAACGGGGAUCCUCUCUAUGUUUGCAGCCAAUGCCGGUGCCAAACAUGUGUAUGGGAUAGAAUGUUCAAGUAUAUCAGAAUAUUCAGAGAAGAUUAUCAAGUCGAACCACCUACACAAUGUCAUUACCAUCUUCAAGGGCAAGGUGGAGGAGGUGGAGCUUCCCGUGGAGAAGGUGGACAUUAUCAUCUCAGAGUGGAUGGGUUACUGCCUCUUCUACGAGUCCAUGCUCAACACCGUCAUUUUUGCCAGGGACAAAUGGCUGAAACCUGGAGGCCUGAUGUUCCCUGACAGGGCUGCUCUCUAUGUGGUAGCCAUUGAAGACAGGCAGUACAAGGACUUCAAGAUUCAUUGGUGGGAAAACGUGUACGGCUUCGACAUGAGCUGCAUUCGCAACGUGGCCAUCAAAGAGCCUCUGGUGGAUGUGGUAGAUCCCAAGCAGGUGGUGACUAAUGCCUGCCUCCUGAAGGAAGUGGACAUCUACACUGUGAAGCCAGAGGACCUGUCCUUCACCUCAGCCUUCUGUCUGCAGAUUCAACGCAACGAUUAUGUCCAUGCCCUGGUCACCUAUUUCAACAUCGAGUUCACCAAGUGUCACAAGAAGACUGGCUUUUCCACGGCUCCAGAUGCUCCCAGCACACACUGGAAGCAGACAGUGUUUUACUUAGAGGACUACUUAACUGUCAAAAAAGGAGAGGAGAUCUUUGGCAGUAUUGCUGUCAGGCCCAAUGAGAAGAAUGUGCGUGACCUGGAGUUCACCCUCGAGCUCGACUUUAAAGGACAACUAUGUGAGGCCGCGAUUUCCCACGACUAUAAAAUGCGUUAGGAACAACAACUACAACAACGGCGCCCCUGGUGCGAACCGUCCCUCAGCCCCUCUGGACACAUCUUAGAGGGGGGGGGGGGGGCACAGGCUCUCCAACAAGCAUUCCAGUUGGCCUGCGAGGGCGACCCCGACGCAUCUGAUUGGAUGCCAUUAAGCCAGCACUUGAGUGAUGUCAUCAGAGUAGACAAGUAUCUGUCAGCAAUAGUGCCAUCACGUGUACCAACUUGAUCAACUCGGGCACAUCGUUGAAUGUAACCUCCUAAAUGAACUUGAUUUUUUUUUCUGUCACUAGUUUCUGGGAAUUUAAUUAUUUUGAGUAUAAAAUGAAAAGCAUUUACCAGUCUUUAUAUUGUUAGUGCAGCUAAUGGAGAAGCAUUGAUCUGUGUGAUGUUGAGAGGGUUACAGCACAGUCAUUAACUGUUUUUCCUAUGGUCAUUUGUUAAGAUUCAUGAUUUACACACUGUAUAAUUGUAUUGAAGGUACAGUAAUCAAUAGUUGUUUUAUUUCAUUAUUUAUUUGCAUGUGAAAGUUUUUCGCCUCAUUGAUUGCAGAAAGAUGAAAUGUGAUUUAUUUAUUUCUUUAAUUGAGGAUAAAUCAGAACAACUGUACUUUGGUGCCAGAGUAAAAACAGAACAAUGCCUCAAAACAGUAACAAACACAGAUGCAAUAUGUCAUGAACCACUUUGUUUUCGGGACCAGACAAAGAAUAUGAAAACAGAACGUGAUGAUGAAUAAAAUUUCAAAGAAUCAA